AUGCCAAAGCUUUAUAGCAGUGUUCAGACACACGUAACCACUGAACAAGAAUCUCCAGAAAGACUCCUGAAUGCCAGCCCCUCCAGUUCAGAGUUCGUAAUACUAUCUGGUCUGCAGAUACAGUAUAUACGCUGCGGCAGCAGCCUUAGUGAUUCCAUGUCCUCUAGUAUUGCUGCGGUCCCUACCAGCCCGGCUGGGAAGGUGAUCAGCAGGACAGAGGGCAACACAGGGGCCUCACUCACUGGUUGGGCUGCCUCUGCUAAAAGUCCAGAAGGAAAAGAAGCAGAUGUUACAGUCAUCACCAGUGUUGAUACAGUCACGAACUAUCAUUUAAAAAGCAAGCUUAAAAACAAAUUUUACAAAAAGUACUUCAAAGACUACGUAACAUCAAUCAAAGGCAGGAAUGAAUAACAGAAACUAAAGAGAAAAAAAAUCCCUUUUAUGAUUCUACUACAAAACAAAUCUAGCAUAGUUUUACUAAUUCCAAGAGCUGUCUGUUCUUUCUUGGUGAAAACAUGA